ACAGAUAAACGUCUAGCACAAAGCAAAUUCCCGAAUAUUUAACCGCAGUGGAAAAGUCGCUUAAAGGUUUUUUAACCUGACCAUGGUUACUGGAACACAACUCUGGUUAACUCACCCCCAAAAGCAGUUUAUAUACAACCCAGUCCCUGCCGGUGAUUCUGCGUACAAGUUAAAACCCCAACUCCGAUAAAAAAAAAAUGAUGCUGGGUGAAUCUCAUCGCCCUAAUACGACGGUGGAUGUUCCUCCGUGGUCCACUUUCGAUGAUCCUACGGUCGAUCUUUACUCUCUCGGUUUGUCAAGUGGGGUCUCCGUCAACUACAAUGGCAAUGACAACAACCACUUUCAGCUCCAGGAGGCUAUGACGGGGCUCCAGCGAUACUUACCGUCUAAUGAUCCGGACCUGGACUCCGACUCUGAGAUUUCGGGUUUGGAUGUGGACUCUCCGGUGGACGCUUAUUCAUGCGAUCAAUUCCGCAUGUUCGAGUUCAAGGUGAGGCGGUGUGCACGUGGUAGGUCACAUGACUGGACUGAGUGUCCGUACGCGCAUCCGGGAGAGAAGGCACGGAGGAGAGACCCGAGGAAAUAUCACUAUUCGGGGACGGCGUGUCCGGAAUUUCGGAAGGGAAGCUGCAGAAAGGGUGACGCGUGUGAGUUCGCACACGGCGUAUUUGAGUGCUGGCUUCACCCGGCUCGCUAUCGUACGCAGCCAUGUAAAGAUGGGACUAACUGCCGGAGGCGUGUGUGCUUCUUUGCUCAUACACCUGAGCAACUUAGGGUUUUGUCCCAGCAGAGCCCGAGGAGUGUUAUCACUGUUGAUUCGUACGAUGGGUCUCCUCUGAGACAGACCAUUGAAGCCGCUUGCUCGAGAACGCUGCCGUUUACGUCCUCUCCUUUGUCUAUUUCUCCGCCUUCAACUCCGCCGACGGACUCGCCGCCUAUGUCCCCGAUGGCCCAUUCACUUAGUUUUUCACCUGGGUCCCACUCGAUCAAAGAAAUGGUGGCUUCUUUGAGGAAUCUGCAAAUAGCCAAGGUUAAGUCGUUACCGUCUUCUUAUAAAGUGCAGGUUGGUGGUUCGGGGUUCGGUUCCCCAAGAGGGUCAAUGCUCCGACCCGGAUUCUUUAGUUUGCCCACAACCCCAUCGGGGGCUCAAACCCGGACUGGAAUCAGGUACCGUGAGUUAUGGGACAAAGCUUGUGAGGAAGAGCCUGCCAUGGAGAGGGUUGAGUCAGGGAAAACCCUGCGCGCCAAGAUGUUCGAGAAACUAAGCAAGGAAAACUCAUUGGAACGGGUGGACCCGGAUUCUUCAAGUGGUGGCGGUGCUCCUGAUGUUGGGUGGGUCUCGGAGCUUGUGAAUCUAAAUUAAUUAAAAGCUCAAGUAGAAUCUUAAGUCGAUUGUUGAAGAGAUGAUGAUUGAAAUUGUUGAAUCUUGUUUUGGAUACGUUUUUGGCGGGGGUCCUCUCACUCUCGGUGUGCAUAUCUGAAGUAAGAGAGGAGGAGAAGAUGCAAUUACAGUUAUCCCGUGAUCUGUACAUAGUAAUUACUGUAAUUAUUAUUAGCAAGUGUCAAGUGGUGUUAUGGUUGAAGAGUAACGAUCUUUUUGUUUUUUUGGGAAGAACAGAACAGAACAGAACGAGAUGAUCUUUGGAGCUCAGAAAGCUUGGUCAAUGGUGAUGCUGAAUAUGUAUUUUAAGCUGAUCUUACUGUUUGUAAAUAUUUAUAAAGCUGUGUAACUUGUAGCCUGAUGACGCAAAGUUUAUGGAAAAUACAUAGUUUUGGUUAUGAUGUGGUGGUA